AUAGAAUAACUGCUAUCUAUAAACAAGCGAUAUUCUAUUUUCAUGGAAAUUCAUGUAAUUGGAAAACCCGACAUAACGGAUAACUUCGACUGUUUCUAUCAACACAACUUAAGAGAGUUCAACAUUGCUGAAUGGUGAAAAUAUGGAAGUUGUAGAGAACUCGGUAGAUAGUGGACCGGCGCCGAAAAGUAGUGUGAACUUUGAAGCGGCUAUGGUUUUAAGUGGUGUUGGUGACGCUCUCGGCUACAAGAACGGUCACUGGGAAUUCUGCAGUUCAGGAACGAAAAUACUAAAUGAAGUUCGUAAAAUGGGUGGUGUUGCUAGAAUCAACGUGAAAAAGCCCUAUUGGAUCGUUAGCGACGAUACAGUUAUGCAUAUUGCUACUGGACAGGCUUUAAUUGAAAAUAGGCACGAUGUAGUUUUGGAUGAGCUGAUAAAGAAGCUGGCAAUAAAGUAUAAGGGAUGUAUGUCUGAUAUGGUCGGAAGAGAACCGGGAAUAAUGUGCGAAGACUCGUGCCGUAAAUUGGACCCUUGGUCUGCAUUGGGCUGCCGUAUCCCCUUUAAUACCCGUGCUGGCGGUUGUGGCGCGGCUAUGCGAGCAAUGUGCAUCGGUUUGAGGUACUGGAAAUCAGAUCAGUUAGACCAGCUCAUUGCAGCCAGUAUUGAGUCCGGCAGACUUACUCACCAUCACCCGACGGGCUAUCUCGGUGCCCUCGCUUCCGCUCUUUUCACCGCAUUUGCUAUUCAAGGGAAAUUACCGUACGAAUGGGGUGCAGAAAUGAUGACCAUACUACCGAAGGCGAAAGAACAUAUCCGUUUGAGAAGCAUUGAAGUGAAAAAAAACUUGGAAUACUGGGAUUUCUUCGAGUCUCGGUGGUGUGAGUACCUGCGUAUGAGAAAUAUAUCAGACGGCAAAAGUGAACCAGUAUUUCCCAUGAUGUUUGGUGCAAAGAAAAGAGAUCAGUUUUAUACAUAUGUCAGUUUUGAAGAUUGCGGAGGAAGUAGUGGUCAUGAUGCCCCUAUGAUCGCUUACGAUGCCAUUCUCGGGUGUAAUGGCAAUUGGAUAGAACUAUGCAAUCGUGCUAUGUUCCAUGGAGGAGACAGCGAUAGUACCGGUGUAAUAGCAGGCUGCCUUUACGGCGCAAUGUACGGAUACAGCGGGGUACCGAAGAGGAAUUACUCUGAUCUUGAGUACAAAAAGGAACUGGAAACCAUUGGACACAAGUUGUACAAGCUUAGUUUAUUUGCUGAGGACAGUUAUUCAAAAACAUCUCCUGAGAACGGUGAAACGGGAAAAGAUGCUGGGAACGAUGAUUCUGGAAAGUCUCUUGAGGUCGAUGACACGGUAAAAUUUGCUGAGAAUGGUGAUUUGAAAAAGUCUCUUGGGGACAGUGUUACGGGAAAGGGUUCUGGGGAAGAGGAAUCGGUGAAAUCUCCUGGGGACGGUGCUACUGCUUCAAACGAUGAUUCACUUGAGAACGGUGAUACGGGAAAGUCUCAUGAGGACGGUGGUACUGGAAGUAUUGCUGGAGAAGAGGAAUCGGUGAAGUCUCCUGGGGACGGUGCUUCUGCUUUGAACGAUGAUUCACGAAAGUCACUUGAGAAGGGUGAUAUGGGAAAGAUUGCUGGAAACGAUGAUUCGGGGAAGUCUCUUGAGGACAUUGUUACAGAAAAUGUUCCUGGGAAAGAUGAUACGGGGAAGUCUAAUGAAGACAGUACUAAGGGCAAGAUUGCUGGGGACGAUGAUUCGGGGAAAGCUCUUGAGGAUGGUGUUACGAUAAAGAUUCCUGAGAGAGAGGAUUCGGGAAAGUCGCCUGUGGAUUGUGAUUCGGGAAAGAUAACUGGGGACGAUGAUUUAGGAAAGUCUCAUGAGGACGGUGGUACUGGAAGUAUUGCUGGAGAAGAGGAAUCGGUGAAGUCUCCUGGGGACGGUGCUUCUGCUUUGAACGAUGAUUCACGAAAGUCACUUGAGAAGGGUGAUAUGGGAAAGAUUGCUGGAAACGAUGAUUCGGGGAAGUCUCUUGAGGACAUUGUUACGGAAAAUGUUCCUGGGGAAGAUGAUGCCGGCAAGUCUCAUGACGACAGUACCAAGGGAAAGAUUGCUGGGGACGAUGACUUGGGGAAGUCUCUUGAGGAUGGUGUUACGUUAAAGAUUCCUGAGAAAGAGGAUUCGGGAAAGUCGCCUGUGGAUUGUGAUUCGGGAAAGAUAACUGGGGACGAUGAUUUAGGAAAGUCUCAUGAGGACGGUGGUACUGGAAGUAUUGCUGAAGAAGAGGAAUCGGUGAAGUCUCCUGGGGACGGUGCUUCUGCUUUGAACGAUGAUUCACGAAAGUCACUUGAGAAGGGUGAUACGGGAAAGAUUGCUGGAAACGAUGAUUCGGGGAAGUCUCUUGAGGACAUUGUUACAGAAAAUGUUCCUGGGAAAGAUGAUACGGGGAAGUCUAAUGAAAACAGUACUAAGGGCAAGAUUGCUGGGGACGAUGAUUCGGGGAAAGCUCUUGAGGAUGGUGUUACGUUAAAGAUUCCUGAGAAAGAGGAUUCGGGAAAGUCGCCUGUGGAUUGUGAUUCGGGAAAGAUAACUGGGGACGAUGAUUUAGGAAAGUCUCAUGAGGACGGUGGUACUGGAAGUAUUGCUGGAGAAGAGGAAUCGGUGAAGUCUCCUGGGGACGGUGCUUCUGCUUUGAACGAUGAUUCACGAAAGUCACUUGAGAAGGGUGAUACGGGAAAGAUUGCUGGAAACGAUGAUUCGGGGAAGUCUCUUGAGGACAUUGUUACAGAAAAUGUUCCUGGGAAAGAUGAUACGGGGAAGUCUAAUGAAGACAGUACUAAGGGCAAGAUUGCUGGUGACGAUGAUUCGGGGAAAGCUCUUGAGGAUGGUGUUACGAUAAAGAUUCCUGAGAAAGAGGAUUCGGGAAAGUCGCCUGUGGAUUGUGAUUCGGAAAAGAUAACUGGGGACGAUGAUUUAGGAAAGUCUCAUGAGGACGGUGGUACUGGAAGUAUUGCUGGAGAAGAGGAAUCGGUGAAGUCUCCUGGGGACGGUGCUUCUGCUUUGAACGAUGAUUCACGAAAGUCACUUGAGAAGGGUGAUACGGGAAAGAUUGCUGGAAACGAUGAUUCGGGGAAGUCUCUUGAGGACAUUGUUACAGAAAAUGUUCCUGGGAAAGAUGAUACGGGAAAGUCUAAUGAAGACAGUACUAAGGGCAAGAUUGCUGGGGACGAUGAUUCGGGGAAAGCUCUUGAGGAUGGUGUUACGAUAAAGAUUCCUGAGAGAGAGGAUUCGGGAAAGUCGCUUGUGGAUUGUGAUUCGGGAAAGAUAACUGGGGACGAUGAUUUAGGAAAGUCUCAUGAGGACGGUGGUACUGGAAGUAUUGCUGGAGAAGAGGAAUCGGUGAAGUCUCCUGGGGACGGUGCUUCUGCUUUGAACGAUGAUUCACGAAAGUCACUUGAGAAGGGUGAUAUGGGAAAGAUUGCUGGAAACGAUGAUUCGGGGAAGUCUCUUGAGGACAUUGUUACGGAAAAUGUUCCUUGGGAAGAUGAUGCCGGCAAGUCUCAUGACGACAGUACCAAGGGAAAGAUUGCUGGGGACGAUGACUUGGGGAAGUCUCUUGAGGAUGGUGUUACGUUAAAGAUUCCUGAGAAAGAGGAUUCGGGAAAAUCACCUGUGGAUUGUGAUUCGGGAAAGAUAACUGGGGACGAUGAUUUAGGAAAGUCUCAUGAGGACGGUGGUACUGGAAGUAUUGCUGGAGAAGAGGAAUCGGUGAAGUCUCUUGGGGACGGUGCUUCUGCUUUGAACGAUGAUUCACGAAAGUCACUUGAGAAGGGUGAUACGGGAAAGAUUGCUGGAAACGAUGAUUCGGGGAAGUCUCUUGAGGACAUUGUUACAGAAAAUGUUCCUGGGAAAGAUGAUACGGGGAAGUCUAAUGAAGACAGUACUAAGGGCAAGAUUGCUGGGGACGAUGAUUCGGGGAAAGCUCUUGAGGAUGGUGUUACGAUAAAGAUUCCUGAGAAAGAGGAUUCGGGAAAGUCGCCUGUGGAUUGUGAUUCGGGAAAGAUAACUGGGGACGAUGAUUUAGGAAAGUCUCAUGAGGACGGUGGUACUGGAAGUAUUGCUGGAGAAGAGGAAUCGGUGAAGUCUCCUGGGGACGGUGCUUCUGCUUUGAACGAUGAUUCACGAAAGUCACUUGAGAAGGGUGAUAUGGGAAAGAUUGCUGGAAACGACGAUUCGGGGAAGUCUCUUGAGGACAUUGUUACGGAAAAUGUUCCUGGGGAAGAUGAUGCCGGCAAGUCUCAUGACGACAGUACCAAGGGAAAGAUUGCUGGGGACGAUGACUUGGGGAAGUCUCUUGAGGAUGGUGUUACGUUAAAGAUUCCUGAGAAAGAGGAUUCGGGAAAGUCGCCUGUGGAUUGUGAUUCGGGAAAGAUAACUGGGGACGAUGAUUUAGGAAAGUCUCAUGAGGACGGUGGUACUGGAAGUAUUGCUGGAGAAGAGGAAUCUGUGAAGUCUCCUGGGGACGGUGCUUUUGCUUUGAACGAUGAUUCACGAAAGUCACUUGAGAAGGGUGAUAUGGGAAAGAUUGCUGGGAUCGAUGAUUCGGGGAAGUCUCUUGAGGACAUUGUUACGGAAAAUGUUCCUGGGGAUGAUGAUGCGGGGAAGUCUCAUGACGACAGUACCGAGGGAAAAAUUGCUGGGGGCGAUGACUCGGGGAAGUCUCUCGAGGACGGUGAUACGGGGAAGAAUUCUGAGAAAGAAGAUUCGGGAAAGUCGCCUGUGGAUUGUGAUUCGGGAAAUAUGACUGGGGACGAUGGCUUAGAAAAGCCUCAUGAGGACGGUGGUACUGGAAAUAUUCCUGGGGAUAAUGUUUUGAGAAAGUGUUUUGGGGACGGUGAGACAGGACAUAUUGCUGAGGACGCUGUUUCUGAAAAGAAUGAUUCUGAAAAACAGUGGGAAAAGGAGGUUUAGUAAUGACUGACGUCGAUUUUAGAGGAAUGUAUUUUAUCUGAAUAUACUGCGUCAGAGGCACAGGAGCUGGGGUUGCAGUAAUUGCUUUCGAAAUCCAAUUCCCUUCAUUGUUUUUACCUCUUAUCGAUAGUAGGAUGUAUUCCCUGAGUGAUGACUGUUAAAUCGGAUUGUGUAAGAAUGUCUAAGGAUGUAUGGUGCUUGAACGUUUUGUUUGAUUUUAAAUGGUUCCCAACGAUUGUACAUCGUUGAGUUCAUUGUAGUUACCAUUGUACAUAUCAAAAUAUAUCAAUUUUUAAUACAUCAAAGAUCAAAGAACUGGUCACAGUAUUGAUAUGAUUGUAACAUAGUUGUCAUUGUUCGUAACAUUUGAGUUUAUGAUCCGUAUGCUUCAUAUUCAGUCUUGUCGUGUUGUUAUUAGACCCGAAUAAAUUAUUUUGAAUGAUA